CAGGAUCCAACCUCGCUGCAGCAGCCCUUGACGACCCCGCAGACCCCCCGCAGCCAUGGCCAGCAAGGGCUUGCAGGACCUGAAGCAACAGGUGGAGGGAGCCGCCCAGGGAGCGGUGACAGCAGCCGGAGCAGCAGCUCAGCAAGUGGUGGAUCAGGCCACAGAGGCCGGGCAGAAAGCCAUGGAUCAAGUGGCCAAGACCACCCAGGAAACCAUCGACAAGACUGCUAACCAGGCCUCUGAGGCCUUCUCGGGUUUUGGGAAAAAAUACGGCCUCCUGAAAUGACAGAAGGGAGACAUGGGUGACUCCCACAGACCCUGGCCCUGAGCUCUGAUCAGUGGCCGCCGCCUCAGUCUGUCCCCUCAUUAAAACUCAUGU